AGGUCAGCUCAGUUAAUCAUUGCCAAGAUAAAUUUUACCGAGGUUCACUGCUAAUCAUAUGACAGUUAGAGAUGAGAGAACCCCACCAUGCGCAGUAAGAACUGAAAAUACUCCCCCUGCUCCGGAUUAGGUUUUAUGAUUUUAUUUUAUUUUAUUUUUUUGUUGUUGGAGAGGAGGAUUCACUCUCUCCUGCUGUACCAAGAGUUUAGCCCAGAGGCAGUUUGUGUGCUGCUUUCCUGUUCUGAGGAGGAAGUGAAAAAUUCCCUCCACAUCUGCUCUCACACUUGGAUACUCAGGUUUCACUCUUGAAUCAGGAGCCACCUGGAAUGAACUCUCAGUGGGGCUCAGAGAAGAGCUUCCAGCUGUGCCAAGAGCUGUUUGAUUUUGUACCAAAGGAGGAAGAAGGAAAGAAAUCCUGCAAAGCGCUGAAAUUCUGAUGGGGCAAAAGUUGGUCUAAGGAUAUUGCAACUGGGAAAAGCAAAAGAAGAGACAAAGCAGAGCAAGGCACAGGGAAACAGGAUGGGAAACAUUUUAUGGAAGUACUGCACCUGCUUGAAGCCCUAUAUCCCUUGCUUAUUCUCAGUGAAGGAAGAUGAAAAGGAAGACAAAAUUGGCCAAACUUUUCCCAACCUUGCUGUGAUAUACAGUAACAACCAGACAAGAGAGGAAGCGAAAGAGAGUGAGAAAAAAAGCAAGCCUUUACCUCCGUUGCCUGGCCAGCAUCUGGUGAACAUUUGCAAUUUUGUGGCACUCUUCAGCUAUGAGGCUCGCACAGAGGAGGACUUGAGCUUUCAAGCUGGGGAAAAGCUUGAAGUGCUGGAUGCAUCCCACGAGGGCUGGUGGUAUGCUAGGCUCCUCCUGCCACCAGGGUCAGUCUCUCCUGGCCGCAAGCUCCAGGGCUACGUCCCUGCCAACUACAUAGCUGCUGACCAGAGCAUCGAAGCUGAGCCAUGGUUUUUUGGCCCAAUCAAGCGAGCAGAUGCCGAGAAACAACUGUUGUAUCCUGGAAACCAGUCAGGAGCCUUCCUAAUUCGAGAAAGCGAAAGUCUAAAAGGCGAAUUUGCACUUUCAGUUUUAGAUGGUGAAUCUGUGAAGCACUACAGGGUCAGAAGUCUGGAUAAAGAAGGCUUUUUCCUAAGCAGACAGAAAAUUUUUAAAACUAUGAAUGAGUUUGUUUACUAUUACAGUAAGAACAGUGAUGGCCUUUGCGUGGUGCUUGGAAAACCAUGUUUAAAGGUACAAAUUCCUAAUACUUUUGAUUUGACAUAUAAAACUGUUGACCAAUGGGAGAUAGACCGAAAUUCUUUGAUAUUCGUUAAAAAAUUAGGAGCUGGUCAGUUUGGUGAGGUAUGGGAAGGACGGUGGAACAAUACUACCCCUGUGGCAAUCAAAACAUUAAAACCAGGUUCAAUGGAUCCAAAAGACUUUCUGAGGGAAGCACAAAUAAUGAAGAACUUGAGACAUCCAAAGCUUAUACAACUUUAUGCUGUUUGUACCUUGGAGGACCCAAUUUAUAUUAUUACAGAGCUUAUGAAAUAUGGAAGUCUUCUAGAAUACCUUCAAAAGGAUGCAGGCUCCAAAAUCUUCUUGAAACAACAACUAGACAUGGCUGCUCAGGUGGCUUCUGGGAUGGCUUACCUUGAAACCCAGAACUAUAUCCAUCGGGAUUUGGCAGCCAGAAACGUUCUUGUUGGUGAACACAGUGUUUACAAAGUGGCGGAUUUUGGACUUGCAAGAGUUUUUAAGGUAGAAAAUGGAAAUGUAUGUGAAACCAGGCCUGAAACAAAACUUCCAGUGAAGUGGACAGCCCCCGAGGCAAUCUGCUACAACAAAUUCAGCAUUAAGUCAGAUGUGUGGUCGUUUGGAAUACUUCUCUAUGAAAUAAUGACUUAUGGAAAGAUGCCAUAUGCUGGCCUGUCAGGACAUCAGGUGAUCCAGAUGCUGGACACAGGAUACAGACUGCCUAAGCCCAGGUCCUGCCCGCAGGCUGUCUAUGAGCUGAUGAUGCAGUGCUGGAGCCAGGAGGCCAGUGAGAGGCCCACCUUCCAGGGCUUGUGCUGGCAGUUGGAGAGCACCAUAGAGAAUGCCAACACCGAUGGCAUCGCCAAAUGAACCCCAAGGUGGGAGCUGAGGAAGAAAAGUGGAUGAAUGUGACUGAAGGGGUGGCUGUGAAAUCAAUUUAAGCCCAGAUGUAGAGCAAGACAUUAUGAGGUGAAGAUAAGGAGGGCUGGUACAUCAUCACGCCAGUGUUGGCACUCAAAGACACUUCACGUUUUUGCUGCUGGCAAGUGUUUUGCAAGACUAAGCAUCAGGAAGCUGGAAGGGUGGGGGCUUCUCAAAUACAAACUGCCUUUUAUUUAUUUUUUAAAUAACAGAUCACAAGAUUGAAAAAAAAAAAAAAAAGAAGAAAUGAAUCUUGCACAGUAAACACUACAUCAUUUCAUAAUUUCUUUGUGGGAAUAAUUUUUUGCCUUUCCUUAGAUUUUUGAACCCUACCAGUUUGUGCUUGUAGAGGAGUUUGAUCGCUCUGCACAGCAGGAUCUGUGCUUUGAGAGUUCUCUUACAGAAAAAAAAAAUAUAUAAAUAAAUCCCAUUAACAUGAUAAUGGCAAAUCCAAAUUAAUUGCCUUGUUUAGACCUGAAGUACACAUACUUUUGCUGUAUUGAAA